CCCAGCAGGAUUUUCUUCAAUAGCUCUUGCGUCUCUGAGUUCUCCCUCUCCAUCUCCCUCUCCCUCUCCCUCUCUCUCUCUGAGAUCUCGCAGAGCCUGUGGAAAGAUUGUUUCAGAGUCGCAAAGGAAGGUAAGAGAGAGGAGCAGUGAAAGAGAGAUGGGAAGAACACCGUGCUGCGACAAGAACAACGUCAAGAGAGGGCCGUGGUCGCCGGAAGAAGACGCCGCCCUCAAGUCUUAUGUGGAGGCUUUCGGCACUGGCAACAACUGGAUUGCCUUGCCCAAGAAAGCUGGUCUCCGCCGAUGCGGCAAGAGUUGCCGUUUGCGAUGGCUCAAUUACUUAAGGCCCGAUGUCAAACAUGGCUGUUAUACAGAGGAGGAAAAUAAGAUGAUAUGCAAUAUCUACAAGGAAAUAGGAAGCAGAUGGUCGAUCAUAGCAUCUCAUCUACCCGGACGAACGGACAAUGACAUCAAGAAUUAUUGGAACACCAAACUGAAGAAGAAGCUGUAUUUAUAUGAGAAGAUGAAUCCUACAAGUAAAAGCGUCAAAUGUGUGCCCAGCACCAACAGUGUCACUACUCCUGAUGAUCGCGGCCUAGAACAACACAUGUUGCCCAUGCCGGAAAAUGUGCGUUCCAACCAGAUUAACAAUAUCCCAGCUUCACAAUCUCUAGGUCCAUCGGCGACAUAUCCAGCAUUCUCCGAUGCUCGGAAUGGAUCAUCGUUGUACAAUUGUAAUGUGCGGUCCAACAUAGCAUCCGAGAUUGGAGGUGGAAUCGCAAUGAGCGGCGGGAGCAACAUUUCAUCAUCGUCGGCAUCGUCAUCAUCCCAAGACUAUUAUUCGGGCAUCUCAAACAGUUCGCCUUCUCUGGGAGUGGACAGCGAAUCCAUUUGGCUCGGCAGCGACACUAACAGUAUCGGCGAAUCCGGUAUAUUGACGGAUAACGGGAUGGAAUAUUUGUGGGAUGCUGUGAACGAGCUAUUAUUCAAUGAAGAGACCAGUGACGAAGAAUUGUUGGCAGCCACCUUGUAUCCGAAUUUUGCUGAAUCAAGUGGUUACAGAGAUUUGAUCAUGCCAAAAGGCGAGAACCAGGAUGAUGCUUUGAUGAGCAUAUCUGAAGGAAGAGAACAACUAGAGAGUGGCAACCAGAUGUGGAGAGAUGGACCAUGAUGAUAUUAGAGAAGGCGAGUUCUAGCUGGAUAGGGAGAUUCAAUUUGUCAUUCUUUUUUUUUUAUGGAUUCAAGGCAACUUCUUUGUUUUUAAUAAAUCAUUUGCUUGUCUUGAUCAAAUCUAGUAGAUGGAGAGAACAGAUUCAUAUGUGCAGAUCAAAUAAAUUUAUAGAAAAAAGGUGCAAAUUUCGAA